AUGUGGAAUACAAUUCCGAAAUAUUGUUUUAAAGAUGUUUCUCGGAGCUUUCGAGGGAAUUAUUUCUGGUUUUUGCGUGAGUCGUCUGCAAACAUACAAAGAAAAGUCAACGUUGUGACUUUAACUACUCCAAGGAGAUUUACUAGCAGCAUGAAUAACUUACUUAAUGGUAACCUUCGGGACACAGACCCAGAAUUAUUUGAUAUAAUUAAAAAUGAGAAACAGCGUCAGAAAAGUGGUCUUGAAAUGAUUGCAUCUGAAAACUUUACUUCAAUUCCUGUUUUGCAAUGUUUGAGUUCCUGUCUCCACAAUAAGUACUCGGAAGGAAUGCCAAAUCAACGGUACUAUGGGGGAAAUGAAUACAUAGACGAAAUAGAAAUCUUAGCUCAAAAACGAGCAUUAGAAGCUUACCGUCUUAAUCCCGAGGAAUGGGGUGUUAAUGUCCAACCAUACUCUGGCUCACCAGCAAAUUUUGCUGUAUACACUGGCAUUGUUGAAGCACACGGUCGUAUUAUGGGUCUUGAUUUACCCGAUGGAGGUCAUCUAACCCAUGGUUUCUUUACUGCUACAAAGAAAAUUUCAGCCACAUCUAUAUUUUUUGAAAGCAUGCCCUAUAAAGUAGAUGCAACUACGGGUCUUAUCGACUAUGACAAAUUGGCAGAAACAGCAAGAUUGUUCAAGCCACGCCUCAUCAUUGCUGGGAUAAGUUGCUAUUCACGGUGCCUUGACUACAAGAGGUUUAAAGAAAUUGCAAAUGAAAAUGGUUCAUAUUUGAUGGGAGACAUGGCACACAUAUCCGGUCUUGUUGCUGCAGGUGUAGUUCCAAGUCCCUUCGAAUAUUGCGACGUUGUGACUACAACUACUCAUAAAACACUUAGAGGACCUCGUGCUGGGGUGAUCUUCUAUCGUAAAGGAGUUCGCUCAGUCAAUGCUAAGGGAGUGAAAAUUAUGUACGACUUGGAAGAUAAGAUUAAUAUGGCAGUGUUCCCUGGGUUGCAGGGAGGGCCCCAUAACCAUGCAAUAGCUGCAAUUGCUACAGCUAUGAAGCAGGCAACGAUGCCGGAGUUCGUUGAAUAUCAAACACAGGUAAUUAAAAACGCUAAGAGACUAUGUGAAGGAUUAAUAUCUCGCGGCUACAAGAUUGCCACAGGCGGUACUGAUGUACACAUCGUGUUGGUAGAUGUUCGCAACGUUGGCCUGAGUGGUGCGCGAGCGGAACGUAUACUGGAACUCUGUAGCAUCGCGUGCAACAAAAAUACUGUUCCUGGUGACAAAAGUGCCAUGAAUCCCAGCGGUAUUCGCCUUGGUACACCGGCCCUAACAACUAGAGGCCUUAAGGAGGCAGACAUAGAUAGAGUUGUAGAUUUUAUAGACAAAGCACUAAAACUUGCAGCAGAAAUUACAAAAAUAUCGGGACCAAAACUUGUAGAUUUUAAUAAAGUAAUUGAAGAGAACGCAGAGUUCAAGGAAAAGGUUCACAGUCUCAGAGAGAAUAUUGAAAAAUACAGCAGAGGCUUCCCGCUUCCUGGCUAUGAUGAUUAUUAA